UGUUUGGUCAAAAGGUGAGAGUGAACAGACACAGACCAGAAUACACAGUUGUUUGUUUGCAUUGCAAAACAACAACAGCAUACUAUGUCUCGCGAAGAAGACAUCCUCAACACUGUUCAAAGCGAACUCGGCCUUUCAUCGGAGCUGCAUGUCGGUGGUUCAUCAAAUUUCAAGCUUCCUGAAGGUUGGAUUAUGGAGGAAAAACCUCGACCCUCUAAGCCUAAUCAUGUUGACAAGUAUUACUAUGAACCGCAUACCAGAAGGAAGUUUCGAUCAUUGGCAUCUGUUCAGAAAUAUCUAGCACAAGAAGCAGGAGAUCAUGAUAUCAAUGAUAUCACUGAGACAACUAUAUCAAAAGAUGGAAACACAAAUACUAAUUAUACCGAGCCAGGAGAAGGAAAACAAUUGGAAGAAAAACCAAGUACAGCAAUACCGAAGUUUGCAGUGGAACCAGAAGUGAAAAUUGUUCGUGGUAUAAGAAGUUCUAGAAACCGUUCUCAUAAACCUUCUUCUUCACUAUCACAAGAAGAAAUAAUCAUUCCAAAGCCCUGCAAACACUCUAAUCAAUAUCCUGCAAAAAAACAUGUGAAGCUGGAUAAUCAGAAAAAACCCAACUCUGAGAAGAGUAACAGAGCUCCGGUGCAUAACCUAACUGGUCCACCACCAGAAAAAGUGAGCUGGGUUCUGUCUGGUGCAGAUGGCUUUUGGAACCCUUUUGUUGAUGGUUUGGCUGUGCCAGAAGCUGAAAGGCUAAGAUGGUCUGAAGCAUUUGUACAAACCAUCUAUGAUAAGGGAAACUAAGGUUGGAUGAAGAUGAGGAUCUUCCUUAGUUGAGAAUGGAUAAUGGAAUUAUGUGCACCUUAAAAUUUAUGCAGAUAUUAUUCUAUUUUAGUAUAUGCCUUAAAAUUUAUGCAGACAUUGUUCUAUUUUAGUAUGUGCAGACAGAUGUUAAGAAGUGUAAUGAUGUAGUUUGUAUCUUAAGUUAUGUUUGGAUCACACAUGGAAGCAACUUCUAAACUGGGUUAUGAUUGAGGUUUUUGAAUCUUCAUUUCAUUUUAAUCUUAA